CUUAGCCUGCAUUGCUGUGCCGACGAGAGACGCCGCCGCCGGCCGCCUGCGCUCCGCUCGCGGCAGCCUCCGGACCUACCCUGCCUGGCGCUGCGAAGGAGCCGUCGGCUGCUCCCUCCCUCCCUCUCUCCCUCCGGAGGCCCACCUGCGUUGGGGCAGCCAGGGCGUGAAGCAUCUCACUCUCGAUGGGCUCACAAGAAGAGGGCGCCAUGUCACACAGCACCGUGAAGGUUAACGGGAUCAAGGUGGCCACCGAGGGCCCAGGCCAGACGGUGGUCAACGUCCACAUCAGCCAAGAGUCCUCGCUCGCCUACCUCUUCAAGGCUGUGGCAGCCAUGAGGUGCCCCAAGCCGGCCUCCAAGGCCCAGGAGUUCUCGCCCGCUGCCACUCCCCGUGCCAGGACCGGAUGCAGCGGGGAGCAGAAAGUGCUGGGGGCGGCCCAGAUCCUGCUUGGGCUGAUGUGCAUCGCCCUGGGCGUGGUGAUCAGCCUGGGGCUGGGGCCCUAUUCAAGCUACUACGAAGACCGCUUAAUAUAUAACGGAGCCCCUUUCUGGAUGGGGAGCGUGUGCAUCCUAGCUGGCACCUUCUCUGUGGUGGGCGAGAGACGCAGCGGUGGCUGGGUCCACCUGGCCACGUUCUUCAACCUGGCCAGUGUCGUGGCUGGCGUGGUGGCCUUGGCCCUAGGCGUGGCUUCUGUUCCCAACAUGACAGACAAGCCCUACUAUAUCGAUCGGCUCUGCCAGAAGAGCAGACAGUAUUACAAUUCAUGGGAGGUCCCCGCAAGCCCCAGCCCCAGUGAGAGUUAUGACGCCUGGAGAGUGGAGGAUUGCAAGAAGAAGAUGUGGCAGCUGAUAACCAUUGCCAACAGUGUCCGGCUGCUGCUGCUGAUCGUCUCCGUCGCUGCUCUCGGAAUCGCCAUCUUCUGCCUGGGAUACGGCCUUCGAGUCCUGUGUCGCUCCGUCCGGGCUGGAUGUGAGGACUACGUGGCGAUCACAGACCCGGAAGCGCCCCCUUCCUACGAGGAUCCGGAGAAAGAGGGGGACGCUGCCUGAGCAGGGCGGUGCUUGCCUGCCAGUGGGAAGGUGCCAGCCCCCGGCCCCAUCCUGCCCCUUGCUCUCUCACGUGCCUUCUGUGCUUUGCUGCCUGCAAAGACGCCUCACGCUUGUGAAGGAGCGGCCUGCCCUGGCGGCCUUUGCUGAGCCACUCUCCUGAGCCCUGGUUUGGCCCCGGCACCUAUCUGGGGCCCCCUCCUGAAUGGAAAACGCUGGUUGCGCUUGCAGUUGCCGCCGUCAGUAAUAAAGGCUCUUGCUGUUCAUUGCAUUAAUUCAA